UGAGGACGACGAUCUCUGCGAUUAAUCCAAAGUUGAAGCAUAAUCAUCUCAGCACACAGCAGGAAACACGAACAUCAGCCAUUAUCAUCGGAUUUCAGUGUUCACCAUCACAUUCUUACCUCUAACCUUCAUAAGCACUCAUUACACUCUUGAUCUUGAUAACGACAACAUCCGGAUAGACGAGUAUAUGAUUAUCCCGGCAAAUGGUGGAGAAACUUUCAUAACCUUUCGCUUUUUUUCACAAUUUCACUAGUAAAAUUCAUCACGUCACGGUAUUGUCACUGACACAAUUCGCUAAAGACACUGCACUCGUAGCGUGAAGUUGAGUGAAGUCAUUGACUCUAGGUGAAGUGGCGCUUCUCGCACUGACAGCCGCAACGUAUGACUAAAACAUCUAAUUUCGCAAAUUAAAUUACCUCAAAAUAAUUACAAUUGAAUAAAUUUGACACAAAGGAAUUCAACCAGAUUCACUGGACAUACUCGUUUGCUCAUUUGCAAUGAGUUUUACACAAAAAUCUUCACAAUCUCGUCAUCUAUUUCCGUUUCCUCGUGAAGCAAUUAAUCGAAUUUAUCGCUGCACUUUGCCACUUCACUGUAUCGAUAGUUCUCCUUUAAACUAUCGAUUGCACUCACCACUUCUCUAUUCACUCGUAUUCCCAUUCACACGGAGAUAAUCCAACGAUUAUCUCAAUUCUUCAGGCAGCAGGCGUCACGAAUCGAAGAAGAAAUCAUUGAAAUCACCGCAUUCUCGUUCUAUCAGGAGUUACCAGGAAGAUAACGACGAGGAAAUAUAUGACAGGGUGAAUGCCUGGGAGGAAGAGGAUGAGGAAAAUAUUUGGGAGUUGAGUGGAUUGAUGGAGGGUGAUAUCAUGAUGGGCCCGAACGAUCAUGAAGACGUUAAAGGACUUCUCGAUAUGUCCAGACGAUGGCCAAAUGGGGUCGUCCCUUUUGUGAUAAAGGAUGGCCACUUUAGUGAGAGGGAUGUAACGAGGAUAUACCAAGCGAUGGAGGAAUAUCAUCAGAGAACUUGUCUGCAAUUUCGCUGGUAUGAUAAGUCCAUUGACAAGGACUACAUUUCGUUUCAAUCAAGCAAGCCUGGAUGUUGGUCGUCAGUUGGGAGACAGGGGGCUGGUCAAGCGAUAAACCUUCAGCUUCCCAAAUGCAUCAGGCAUGGUUCCAUAAUUCACGAGAUCAUGCAUGCCAUUGGCUUCCACCACCAGCACAGUACUUACAAUCGCGACGAGUACAUUGAAGUUGUUUGGGAGAACAUAAAGACAGGUAAGCAGAAGAAUUUUAAAAAAUAUGAGGAAGACACUGUCACCGAUUUCGGCGUCGGUUACGACUACAAGAGCAUCAUGCAUUAUAGUCGUAAAGUAUUCUCUGCUAAUGGAAAACCGACCAUUAUUCCCAAGGAGGAAGGCGUGAAAAUUGGUCAACGUGAGAAGCUGAGUGACAAGGAUGUUUUGAAAAUACAGGGCAUGUAUAAGAACGAGUGCUCCACUAGACAUAACGUUACGUGAAAAUCAAUUCAUCAACUGAAAAUAUUGCAUCUACUUUUAUACAAGUCAUUAAUAAAUUCUAUAGAGAUCUGUUUAAAAAAAACCAAUAAAAACCUUU